UUCAAAGGCUGUGUUCGUGUUAGAUCUUAUAUUGAUUUUUUCGUAAAACUACUUAAAAUUCGCCUAAUGCCGUUUAAUUUUCAACAAUCCGCCGGCAACCAAUAAAAUUAGUGUGUGGUUGAAUUCCCAUACGUGUUUCGGUGUGCAGUUGUGUUAAUUUUCUGGAAAUAACAGUGCCGGUUGGCGAUAUUAGGUGCGAGAAAACCGAAAUAAUGAUCUAAGAACCGCUCACGGUACGGAGAGAACCGCGGAAGAUGAAAAAGUAACAUCCGCCGUGAGAUUGUGAGAGAGCGCGACAGACAGACAGACAGAAGCACGCCCUCGAGUAGAUGGUCGACCAGGAGGCAGCCAUGUCGGCCAUGAAGAAUCCGGUGGCGGGUCCCACGGGAGUCAGCGACUUCUACAACGGCAAGACCGUGUUCAUCACGGGCGGCACCGGGUUCAUGGGUAAGGUGCUGCUGGAGAAGCUGCUCAGGGCCUGUCCCGGCGUGUCCAAGAUCUACCUCCUCAUCAGGCCGCUGAAGGGGCAAGACGCACAAGAGAGGCUGCAGCAGCUUCUGUGUUCUCCGCUAUUCGACCCUCUGCGUAAGGAGCGCCCCGCCGACCUGGCCAAGGUGCAGCCAAUCGAGGGCGACAUCACGCAGCCCGAACUAGCCAUAACCCCCUCCAACAUAGCGCUGCUGACGCGCACCGUCAACGUUGUGUUCCACAGCGCCGCCACCAUAAAAUUCGAUGAAAAACUGAAGCUCUCUGUAACGAUCAACGUGCUGGGCACCCAGAGGCUGGUGGAGCUCUGCAAGAAGAUGAACCACUUGGAGUGUCUGGUGCACGUAUCUACAGCGUACUGCAACUGCGACAGGUCGGAGGUCAAAGAAGUGGUAUAUCCGCCGUCGAUAGGCCCGAAUCAGAUCACCUCGCUCGUAGACGUGCUGGACGAAGACCUCCUAGACUCCCUGACGUCCAAGCUGGUGGGCAAGCGGCCAAACACGUACACGUUCACCAAAUCGCUGGCCGAGUCCUGGCUGAAGGACAACAAGGGCGACCUGCCCGUGGUCAUCGUCAGGCCCAGCAUAGUCUUAAGUAGUAUUAACGGUCCCCUGCCGGGCUGGCUGGACAACUGGAACGGUCCUACAGGAAUCAUAGCCGCCGCGGGGAAGGGCGUUUUCCGGAGCAUGUUGGGCCACCCGGACAAAGUAGCGGACUUGGUGCCCGUCGAUAUGGUCAUAAACCUAAUGAUCGCGGCGGCGUGGCGGGUGGGCACCACGAGAUCCAGGGAGCUGCAAGUAUACAACUGUUGUUCCGGUCAAAGAAAACCCAUCACGUGGAAAAGGUUCGUAGACUUGAGUUUCGUGUAUUUCAGGAAAUAUCCCCUCUCAGAAAUGACGUGGUACCCCGACGGUACGAUUACCAUCUGCAGGCCCUUGAACCUGGUGAAUCAGUACCUGCUCCAUUGGGUGCCGGCUUAUAUCUUAGACUCUUUGGUGUGGUUGAUGGGAGGUAAACCGAUUCUGUUGAGAAUACAGAACAAGCUGAGCAAAGCGGCGGGCUGUCUACAAUAUUUCACUACGCAAGAAUGGAGUUUCGAUGACGAGAACGUCAGGAACCUGGCGUUGACGUUAAGGGAGGCGGACAAGAAAGAAUUCUGUUUCGAUGUGGCCAAAAUAGAUUGGGAGAGGUACAUAGAAAACUACGUCCUAGGUAUUAGAAGGUUUAUCUUCAAAGAAGACCUCUCCUCCAUCCCGAAGGCUAGAAAACAAAUCUCCCGCCUGUACUGGACGUACAGGGUGAUGCAGGUGAUAUCCGUGAUGUGCCUGUGGCACUUCCUCACGCUGCGAUACGCCCCCCUGCGGCAGUUGUGGGUCAACGCCCUACGACUCCUAGUACAUUUAGCAAAGAUGCUGCCAUUUUUAUAAUUGAACUCAAAACUGGCUGGAAGGGGGAGUGUUGCGCUUCUCCUCUCGCGGAGUACGCCACGUUCGAAUACGGAAUGACGCGUUCAAGCCGUCGUUUGCGGGAGACUCGUGUCUGUACCUCGAUUUUCUUUCCCGAAUGUGACGUGGUGUUUCGGUAUGGUGGUCACGCUAGUGCUUCCAAACGUUUAGCUUCCGUUGUUUGACCUUACGCACAAUUUUUUAACGUCCGGUGUGUUCUUUUUAGCUCGCCUUCGGUCGUACAACCGCUUAGACUUAACUUAAUCUUAAAUUAUUAUUAUUAUUGCGGUGAAGCUUCGAUAUGGAUGAAACUUAAAUUUAGUGUCUGUCGUUUUUCGUAGGAGAAGAAUUAAACUAUAUCGAAACAUGGGUUGUUAGUCCUGUAGCCAGGGGGGUCCCAAUUGCCUCCUUCAUUUAGAUGGAGUUAACCAAGUGUGUUUUGUGUA